AGAAGAGGAACCAGCAAAGACUUGCUUUGCUGCGAAAUGGCACUUUCCUUCCACGGCGUCCUCGUCCUCGUCGGCCUCUGUGCUCCCGUCUUCGGCGUGCCCCCGGCCAGUGCCCCCUGCCGAGGUUCCCCCGGCCCCUCCUCCACAAAGAGCGCCCCUGCCUCCCAGGCGUCCCCCUGCCACACCGACUUUGCCUUCCGCCUCUAUCGGAGGCUGGCCGCGGAGGCCCCGCAUCAGAACGUCUUCCUGUCCCCGACAAGUGUUUCCACUGCCCUGGCCAUGCUUUCCCUCGGAGCCCGCUCGGCCACCAAGACCCAGAUUCUCCAGAGCCUGGGCUUCAACCUCACCCGCACGCCGGAGUCCGCCAUCCACGAGGGCUUCCAGCGCCUGGUCCGCUCUCUGGCUGUGCCCAGCAAAGACCUGGCCUUGCGGAUGGGAAGCGUCCUCUUCGUCCAGAAGGGGCUGCCGCUGCAGGCACGCUUCCUGGACCACGUCGAGAAGCUGUACGCGUCGGAGGUCCUUCCUACGGAUUUCUCCAACCCUGCCCUUGCCCAGCAGAAGAUUAACAGCUACGUGGAGAAGGAGACCAAAGGGAAGGUUGUGGACUUAAUCCAAGGCCUGGACCCUCUGACGGCCAUGGUGCUGGUGAACCACAUUUUCUUUAAAGCCAAGUGGGAGAAGCCCUUCAGCCCUGCAGACACGCGCAAAAGCUUCCCAUUCCUGGCAGGCGGGCGGGCUGCCGUGCGAGUGCCCAUGAUGCACCAGGAGGAGCAGCUGGCCUUCGGGGUGGACCCGGGGCUGAACUGCUCCGUGCUGCGGAUGGACUACCAGGGAGACGCCGCGGCUUUCUUUGUCCUCCCCAGUGAGGGCAAGAUGGGGCAGCUGGAGCAGGCCUUGUCGGCCGGGACGCUGAGGAGGUGGCGCCGCUCGCUCCAGCAAAGGUGGCUACACGUGUUCCUCCCCAGGUUCUCCAUGUCCGCCUCCUAUGGCCUGGAGACAGUCCUCCCGAAGAUGGGCGUCCAUGAUGCCUUUGGCAAGAACGCUGACUUUUCUGGAAUCACAACAAGAGGCCUCCUGCAGCUUUCCAAAGCAACCUACAAGGCUGUGCUGGAUGUCAGUGAGGUGGGCACUGAAGCCGUGGCAGCCUCCGCCGCCAAGCUCGCAGCCCGGUCAAAGGACGGCCCCCCCUCUCCUGCCGUCUUUUUCAACAGACCCUUCCUUCUGAUAAUUAUCAGUGAAGCCACAGGUUGUAUUCUCUUCCUAGGGAAAGUUGAAAACCCUACCAAAUCCUAG